GCGCGGACCCGGCCCUCGCCACCAGCGCCGUUAUUGCGUCGCAACGUGGGGGGCGAGUGUGAGGCAGGAGAGGCUUUAAGUGGCGGUGGUCAAGCGACUGGUGGGUUAGCGCGGCUGGCUCGGCGGGUUGUGUCUCCGGAUUUGCCAAAAUGGCAGAAAAUGGAGUAGCGCAAGAAAUGACUCCCCUCGAGAAGAAAAUAUGUGAACAGAUUGAAUAUUACUUUGGUGAUCACAAUUUGCCAAGAGAUAAAUUUCUCAAAGAACAGAUCAAGUUGGAUGAUGGCUGGGUACCCCUGGAAACCAUGAUUAAAUUUAACAGGUUAAGUCGUCUAACAACAGAUUUCACUGUAAUAGUAGAAGGUCUCAAGAAAUCCAAAAGUGGACUUUUAGAAAUAAGUGAGGACAAAUCCAAAAUCCGCCGUUCUCCAAGCAAGCCUCUUCCUGAACUUGAGGACUUUAAAAACUCUAUUAAAGCCAGAUCUGUCUAUGUUAAAGGCUUUCCCACAAGCGCUACACUUGAUGAGAUUAAGGACUGGUUUGAUGAAAAUGGACCUGUGGAAAAUAUACAAAUGAGAAGAACACUGCAGAGGCAGUUUAAGGGAUCAGUAUUUGUCACCUUUGACAGUCUAGAUUCGGCUACGAAAUUUGUAGAAACUCCAGGGUUGAAGUAUAAAGAAACUGAAAUGAUUAUACUUUUCAAAGAAGCUUAUUUUCAAAAAAAAGCUGAAGCAAGGCUGAAUAAAGCAAAAAAUAAGAAAAUUGAUAAAGAACAGAAAAAUACUCAGGAUGUGCUGGGCAUGAAAUCCUUUGAAGAAAGAACUGGGUGCUUGCUGAAGUUUGCUGGUGAUUUGACUGAUCAGACAUGCAGGGAAGAUAUUCAUGAAAUUUUCUCCACUCAUGGUGAAAUACAGUGGAUAGAUUUUAUACGGGGUGCUAAAGAGGGAAAUAUCCUUUUCAAAACAAAUGCAAAAGAAAUACUUGAAAAGGCAGAAGCAGCUCAUGCUGGAAAUGCUUUGAGGGACAAAGAAGUGACCUGGGAAACAGUCGAUGGUGAAGAGGAAAAAUCAAUUUUAAAGAAGAUAAUAGAAGACCAGGAAUCUCUGAACAAACAAAGAGCCAAAGCUCGAAGAGGUUGGGGUAAAGGAAGAGGCAGUAAAGGAGGUUGUGGACCACAAAGGGUGCAGUUCCAAGGCAAGAAAAACAACAUUAAGGAUGAAGACAGUGAGGGAACACAGGAAACUGAAGAGACUGCUGCUACAAGUCCAAAGAAGCGAACCCUUGAAACUGAAUCUACGGAUGAGCAUGCAGCAAAACAACCAAAAACUGAAAAUAAAUCUAGUGAUCACUGAGAUUGUUUUGUGACCUAUAAAAAGAACAAAUUGACCACGUGCCCCAUCCAAGGAGUUUUCACUGUGUUUAAUUCUGACAGCCUCAAAAUUGCAUCUGUUGAAUGUCAGGAUAGGAUUUAUUUAGCUGAGAACCGGAUGAAGUCCACUUCAAUGUCAAUCUGCAAUUUAAAAAAAGUGAACUGCUGUAAAUUUGAAGAUGCCUUAAUUUGCAUGCUUCUUAAGUGUAUGUUUUUAUAAAAAUGUUAAAACAUGUUACUUUGGUGUAAUGCAAUAUUGUGUACUUUGAGUGCUAAAGCAUAACAUUAUUUAUAAAGAUACUGUACUGCUAGUAUGCAAACUUAAGCCUCAACAUGUACAAUAAAUUUGAUACCAAUCUGAAGUUUA